GUGUUUGACAUUGCUCCAGACGGCGUUAGGAAAUGCAUCAUUUCAACAAACAUUGCAGAAACAUCAGUUACAAUAGAUGGUGUGCGAUUCAUUCUGGAUUCUGGCAAGGUCAAGGAGAUGGGGUAUGACUCAACUGCAAAAAUGCGCCGACUUCAAGAGUUUUGGAUUAGCCGUGCUAGUGCCGAGCAGCGUAAAGGACGUGCUGGUCGUACUGGUCCUGGUGUCUGCUAUCGUUUGUACUCGCAAGCUGAUUAUGAGUCUUUGCAGCCAUACAGCACUCCAGAAAUACUACGAGUACCACUUGACUCUCUGGUCUUGCAAAUGGCCAGUAUGGGAUUAGAAGAUCUCCGAAGCUUUCCUUUCAUUGAAGCACCUAGCAAGCAAAGUCUCCAAACAGCCAUUUUCUACCUGAAGGAGCACGGAGCUCUGGAUUCAGAAGAACGAUUGACAAAUAUUGGAGCCAUGCUGUCACAACUUCCAGUCGAUGUGAUGAUUGGGAAGCUGUUGAUCAUGGGAACCGUCUUUCAGGUUAUCCAGCCAAUUCUUACAAUGGCUGCAUGCCUUAGCGUGCAGAGUCCGUUUCAUCGCAUGGCUGAUGGCAACUUGGAUGUUCAGAGAAACCGGCGCACACUCGAGUCUGAUCAUGGUGACCCAUUCACAUUGUUCACAGCUUUCAAUGAAUGGAUUCAGAUCAAGUCUAAUGAUCGUCAUGCUGGUUCUAACUCGCACAAAUGGUGCCGACGUCGAGGUUUAGAACAACAACGCUUCUAUGAAAUUGCUAAAUUGCGAAGGCAGUUUGAAGGGAUUUUGAGUGAUCACAGAUUGCUGCAAACUGGGUCAGACAGCUCGUCAAGUGAGGACGAUGCUGAAGACAGUAGGAAAGCACGUGGCUGGGACAAACGUGAAGGUUCGAAGCAGGGAGAGGAGGGCAAGACAGCUGGAUCUACUCACUCUUUGGAACAAAGAACUUUGCGAAAACUCAAGCGCCAACACCGUCAAGAUGCUCGUAAACGGAAAGUUCUGCGGCUAGAUGAAAACAAGGGUGAAGACGACGUCAGUGAAGAUGAUCAGGAAUCCAAGGAUAAUCGUGUUGAUCUUCGUGAUAUGGAAUUCAAACUGACUCACAACCUUGGCCAGUUGCAGCGUAUGGUUGGCCAAGAAGGGUCUCUAAGCUUGCUGGAAAUCAAUGUGAUUAAAGUCAUUCUCUGCAGUGGCCUUUACCCUAAUCUGGCAGUGGCUGAUGAGUUCAACAACUGGAAACGAGAUUCAGAUCACGUAUUUCAUUCCAAGUCCAAACAGUUUGUAUUGCUUCACCCAACAUCGGUGUUCUCCACUCAACCAAAUCUUCUUGUGCCAUCUGAGCUGGAUGAAGUUGAUGCUAAAAGAGAUCUUCCUACGGCACCAGCAAGCAUAUCCUCGCGCCAGGCAGCCAAGGUGGCAAAAAGCCAUUCUUUACUUGCGUAUGUGGAUCUUCUUGAGACGAACAAGCCGUACUUUGUGAAUAACAUCCAGGUUCCUGCUCUUCAGACACUUUUACUGUUUUCACAUCUCUUGGAUACAAACCAGGACUGCAGCAGGAUAGUUGCUGAUGAAUGGCUGGAGAUAUGUAUUCCUGAUGCCGGUGGCGCAGAGCAGCUUGUUUCUGCUGCUCAGCAACUCCGGAGUUCUUGGUCAAACCUUCUAUCACGACAACUGCAAGAAAAAGAGAAUGGGCUGAAGAUGGUAGUCGGGAGAAGAUAUGAGGAGCAAAGAAUGAUGCUAGCGCAAAAACUGGCAGAGUUUUUGGAUUGCUCCGUUUGCUAUUCAAUGAGGAAAGUGACAAGUUCUGAGUUGAAGAGUAUGUACGUGGGCCCUGAGCAGAACAAAGAUACUGUUUCAGGUUUACCGAGUCAUGCAAGCAAAGGAGGUGUGAUUGUCAAUGAUUAUUUGACUUUCAACUGUUUGCAGGCAACAACAUCUGAUGACUAUGGUGGCGCUUUGAUACGAUUUUGGAAAUGCCCAAGUUGUGAUACAGCUUUGUUGGUCACGCCAGCAGACCGUCUUGCACAUGAGGAGAUGUGCAAUGUGGAGAAAGAAUCAGAUCCCGCUCAUAGCAGCAAAGAUGCCAAGGCUCUGGUUGGUGACGCUGCUGAGUCAGCUGAGCUAGUGGAUCGGCCAUUGACUGGACUUGAACGAUCCUACUACUGCCCUGAUUGUAACAAGGAGCUGAUGCUUACGCCUGCACAGAUUCUCCUUCACAAGCAAUCACAUUCUAAGUGAUGUGCAACAUUUACAUGCAACAUUACAGGUGAUGCAUCACAGGGUAUUGCAUGCUGUUAUUACCUCAUUUUCUGUACGUCAAGAUUGCAUAUCGCUGGGCCUUUAGUGGACUGGUUAUCUGUUGACCAGCAUAAUAGCAGUCGACUGGAGGAAGCUGUUUGAAGGUAUUGGCGGAAGCUGUUUGGAGGUGUUGGACAUUCUUUUGCUGACAUUGUGGCGACCCGCGAAAUGACAGACGGCAGAAAGACUUCAGCAUCAGACUCACCAUGCUGAUGUGGCACAUUGGCUGAUUGGAGGAAUUUCACUUUGUCAUUUACAAGUGGCUGUUGUAUCCGAGGUUAGUUCUUCUCUGUUGUCACUCGUGAAGCACGGCGCUGUGAGUUGAUAGACCUACAAUAUUCGCCAAUACCUUCUGCAGCAGCUGCUGAUGCUGUUACUGAAUGCUACUGAACUGUGGACGUUUGCUGCUGAUUAGACUUGCCUUGAGCUCAUAGAUAUGAGCAAUGAUGCAUGUACAUGUAAUACUAUUUCUUCCUUUUCACAUCGAAUAGCAAUCUGGAGAUUGAACAUGAAAAUGGGUCCACCGUUAAAGUCCUCAAAUAGGUACGCACCCAAGACUUGUACGUUUGUCACCUUAUUGUCAGUGUCCACAGCAGUUGAAUUUAGACCAAUAACACUGCACUAAAUGCAAGCGCGUACACUCUUCAGGAUGAACACCUUGUCUAUACAUCCACAAUAUAAAGUGACUGAUACGCUAUGCUCAACUUCAGUCUAAAAGUUACUUCAAGCCCCAAAGUGCACACAGUGCCUGAUGAUUGGUAUGGGUGUGACCAUAUACAGUGGUGCGUACUUAUUUACGGACUUUCACAGUGUUAGUUUUCAGGAUAAGAACUGAACCAACUGAUUACCCUACUAAGUUCUGCAAUUCACAAACUUCUUUCAUUGAAUUUGAUCUUCAAUUGUUAGUAAUUCCUGUUGUCAUUUUGACCAACACACAUUUCUGAGGCAGUUUACUGUCCUAUAGGAAUGUUGCGCAUGCCGAUCUCAUUUUCUUCCUCACCUCUCGUAACUCAAUUCCUAUCACACUUAUGUCACACCACGACUCCAAAAUGUGCUUUCAGUCGGACCAGUCCACUUCUACAUGACUACCAUUGCAAAGACCCUUUCUUUCAGAUAUUGCUAGUGCAGGCCAUCCAGACAGCUCGAUAUGCUGGAAGUUGUUUUGUGGAGUCGGCCAAGAGCUCAUUGUGGAGUCGCAGAGUGACUGAUAUUGGUUUUAUGAAAUGACCAAGUGUGUCACUUAUUCUUCUUUUUUUAAAUUACAUUUCUUGCUUCCCUAAACGUACAUGUAUCUGUUCAAAUUACCACUGAUAGUGUCCUUCUUUCUUCA